AUGCGGCGGACUACAAGGCCCGAAGGCCAUGAGCUUGACAAUCUCGACGUUGGUCCAGAGAACCCGGAUACAACCGUCAGUCUUGCAUUUCCAGAAGGUGGCCGUGAAGCAUGGACCUCUCUCUUAGGCUCAAGCUUGAUAAUGUUUCCCUCAUUUGGAUUUCAAACAGCCAUCGGAACUAUACAAGACUAUAUCAGCACCCAUCAACUAUCCAACUACAGCGUCGGCGAUGUCGGCUGGAUUACAGCUGUCCUCUGCUUCCUAACGCUAUUCCUAGGUGUACAAGUUGGACCAUUAUUUGAUCGCUAUGGUCCGCGCAUGCUAUUAAUCUGUGGAUCACUCGCUAGCGUGGCUUCCUAUCUACUCCUCGCGCAGUGUACACAGUACUGGCACUUCAUGCUUUGUCUUGGAGUCUUAAGCGGAAUAUCCUCCGCUAUCUUGACAACUGUUGCCAUCUCCGUAUUAAGUCACUGGUUCUAUAGACGGCGAGCUCUCGCAUCAGGCCUCUGCAUGUCAGGCUCGUCUGCCGGCGGCGCAAUCAUCCCUCUACUCCUACGUACACUGUUCGGAAAAUACGGAUGGACAUGGUCUAUUCGAAUCAUCGCCUUCAUAGCACUAGGGUGCUAUGCUGGUGGGAUAAUUCUUGUGAAAGGCCGACUUCCAACCGGUAGACAGAGCAGAGCAACGAUCGAUUUCCGCGCAUUCAAAGCGCCCCGACUUGUCUUUUUGGCGGUGGCGUUGUUCGCAUUUGAAUUCAUUAUCUUCGGCUGUGCGGCACUAUUACCAACAUAUGUCCGAUAUGCUGGUUUAAAUGUCGAUGUGCAAUUCUAUUCACUUACAGUGCUCAAUAGCAUGAGUCUUCUGGGUAGAAUUUUACCCGGGUUCAUGGCUGAUCAGAUUGGUCGGUUUAAUAUUCUCUUGUUGAUGGCGGCUUUAACUUUAAUUAUGAUGGCUGCCGUAUGGAUUCCGUUUGGGUCCCAGGACGAAGCUACGCUUUAUGCCGUCGUUGCGAUUUUCGGAUUCGGAUCAGGAGGUUGGAUUUCGCUGGCGCCGGUGUGUGCGGGUCAACUGUGUAAGACGGAGGAGUAUGGUCGAUUUUAUGGUACACUUUAUUCCGUCGCUGCAUUUGGAGUUUUGUUGACUGUGCCGAUUGGUGGUGAGCUUUUGCAAUCCACGACGCCCCAGAUAUUGGUUGGAUUCUAUUCCGCUGUUCUGAUGGUUGGGUUGACUGGUGUUGUCUUGUCACGGUGGGCUCUGUUAGAUUGGAACUGGAAGUGGAAGGUCAAGGUGUAA